CCCUUCCUCCCUCCCUCUCUCCAUUCCCACUACUCGCCGUGCCGUCUGCCGUCCUCCCUCUCUCUCUCUCUCUCUCUUCCACGCCUCGCCUUGUCUCGUCUCCUCGGACGGCGGCAGCGCUGCGGGCACGGAAGGGAGGAAGGAAGAGGAGGAGCGGGGAUGAGGAUGCUGUCGAAGGCGUGCUCGAUCGUGGCCUCCUCCCUCCCGCGCUGCUCCUCCUCCGCCGCCCCCACGGUCGCCUCUCCCUCAUCGCCUCUCUCUUCCUCGCGCGAUUUUUCGGUGGCUAUCGGUGAGGGUUUGGAUCUGGGGCUGGGGUUUCCGUCGGAACGCGUCGCUGCUGCAACUGCCUCGAUGAGGGGGCAGCCGUCCUUGCUGCCGACCGCGCGGAAGCAAUGGCUCGGGAAGCCGCUGCUGUAUGGAAUUGGUACCCUGCUGGUCAUGCCGCUGAGGACGCUGCAAGGAGUGGGGCGGGUGUUCGGCGCAGGACGGUUCCUCUGCAACAUGAUCAGCGUCUCCUCGUCGCUGCAAGUUGAGCUUGUACCCUGCCUUCAAGAUAACUAUGCAUAUAUCCUGCAUGAUGUUGAUACUGGAACAGUUGGAGUCGUGGACCCUUCUGAGGCUAUGCCUAUUAUAAACGCAUUGGAAAGGAGAAACCAGAACUUGACCUAUAUACUGAACACCCAUCAUCACUAUGACCAUACUGGUGGAAACUUGGAGCUGAAAGCAAAAUAUGGUGCAAAGGUAAUUGGCUCUGAGAAGGAUAAGGAUAGAAUUCCUGGCAUUGACAUCACUCUUAAGGAGGGUGACACAUGGAUGUUUGCAGGUCAUCAAGUUUUUGUACUGGAAACUCCUGGACAUACAUCAGGUCAUGUGUGCUAUUAUUUCGCUGGUUCUGGAGCCAUAUUUACUGGUGACACCUUGUUCAAUCUAUCAUGUGGAAAGCUUUUUGAAGGAACUCCACAGCAGAUGUAUUCUUCACUCCAGAAAAUUAUAGCUCUGCCUGAUGAGACAAAAGUAUACUGUGGACAUGAAUAUACUUUGAGCAAUUCAAAGUUUGCCUUGAGUGUAGAACCAGGAAAUAAAGAAUUACAGGAAUAUGCUGCAAAUGCAGCUGAUCUGCGCAAUAAGAAUAUACCCACGGUGCCAACAACAAUUGGGAGAGAGAAGCAGUGCAAUCCUUUCUUGCGGACCUCCAAUCCAGAAAUUAAGAGAACUCUAUCCAUUCCAGAUCAUUUCGACGAAGAUCGUGUGCUUGAAGUUGUCCGUCGAGCAAAAGAUAACUUUUGACUAACAAAAGGAAAUUCUUGUGACUUGACCAUCUAUCUUGUUAAAGAGCGGACAAAUAGCGCCUAAAACAGAAGAAAAAUAGGAAAGAAAGGUAUAUAGAUUUGAGCUAGGUUUUGAAAUGCUUCGGCAAAAUUGUGUCGAGUGUAUGUAGCUUGGGCAGUGCAAGUGCUUGUCUAUAGCAGCCAUUGAUUCUUUUGUCUAUGACAAAUAAACAUGUUCUGUUAUCAUCUACUCUGUAAAAAAUGCGAGUUAUCCAUUCGAUAGUUAAUCUCAGUUCUUGUUGUUC